AUGAAUUUUAAUGUUUGGAAUAUCAAAGACAUGCUUAGUAUUCCCUCAGGCUCUGGGACCACUAAGUCAUCUAAUUGGAUUAAUAAUCAGACUGAUUACUCUAGUCUCAGUGAUUCUCAAUUCCUCUUCGGAUCUCAGUUCUGUCCAGAAAAUUCAGAGACCAUGUUAGCACCCUUGGACUUUGGUACCCACCUGAGAUAUCCAAAACAGUCACAACAGAAUUCCCUAGAAAGUGAACCUACUAUUUUCACAAAGUACCAGGCAAAACCCCAGCUGUUUGGAGGAGAUACAAAAGAUGGAGGCUUAUUUCCUCUUCCUUCAUCAGUUGGAAAAUCAAAAGGACUCAUGGAACAGUUUGAGGAGAAAAAGAAAAGAACAAAAGACAAAUGUGACAGUGAGACUCUAUACAACUUUGUUUCCCAUGUUACAGAAAGCAUUCAUAGGUUGCAGACAUCUGUGGAAAAGUCUGAAGAACAUCUUAGUUUAAGAAGCCAAUCUAUUUUGGAUUCUUUGGAGACUGUGGCCAAGACAUUGCAAGAGACUGCUCGGGCCCAAAAUGACCUGGUAUUUGAGGCAGUACAGGACAAAGGCAACAUGGAACAGGCCAUCCUUGAGAUGCAGAAGAGAUUUGAAGCUAGACAAGCAGAGUUUAUAGAAAUGAAAUCAAACUUGAAGCACCUUGAAACUCUAGUUGCCCAGCAGAAUAAGGACUUCCAACAGCUGUGUGACAAGAUAGGCCAGCUGAAUGUGCCCAGUGUCUUAGCAGAGCUGAAGAGUUUGAUCUCAGUGUCUCGGGUACCUGGGCAUGUGAAAGACAACACUUCUCAGACAUCGCCACCUCUGGCCCAGAGCCUUAAUCUUACCAGGCAGGAAAAAUACAUCUCUAAGGAACGAGUUUUAUGGCAGGCCCAGCCCCUCCCUAGUAUAGGCUCCCUACAGCCUGGAGAAUCCAGUGUCUGGGGUGAUGCUCUUCAAGAAGAGGCAACAUCGUUGGCAGCUUGGCCCCAUAAAGGAAAUGGGCAUGUAACAGACAAGGCAGUGCAGACUAACUGCAAGAACUGGGCCAUUACUAAAAUGGAUCCCAAGAACCAUGGCUCCAGUAUCCCAUGCCACAAAGUUUCUGAUGACAAGGACCCAGUUUCCCAAGGAACCCCACCGUUCAAGUCUAGGAACUUUAACAACUUUACAACCAGCAUUAAGAAUGCCUGCCAAAAAUGUCAAGCCAAAAGCAUGUUUUUGUGUGACCCAUGUGAACAAUUGGCAAUUAAACAGAAAGGAAGGACUGUAGAAAGAGGGAGAAAAGGCAAGAAGCAGCAGCCCAGGAAAGCCCACAGAGGCAGGCUCCUAGCCAAGAAGAGAGAACAAACCCCAAGCAAGACCUGUGCUUUCAGUUCUAAAUAUCAAAGUCUUCAGUCUUCAGUUUCUGGUUCACAAAGGCCCCCCAUGGGGCAGCAGGAACCCGUUGCUCAGCCCCUACAUCUACAGGGCCCCAGGAGUCUCACAAAGUCAGUCUGCCCUAUUCUGGGAGGAACAGUCAUGCCCAAUAAGACCUCAAAGACAGUACAAGGUAGCUUCUUGCAGCUUAGCCAUUCCUCUUCCCAAGACAACAGCCUGCUUUCCAGCAGUUCCCAGAGGGAUCAUCAGAUGAGCUGGUUCAGUGACCUCAACAGUGACCUCAGCCUUGGAAGUUCAGAGCCCUCUCUGUGCAAGGAGCCAGGGAAAAAUUUGCUCUAUGACUUGGGUUUUGAUAGCAGUGAUGAUGGCUUCUGA